AUGGAGAAAUCUAAAAACUUUCGCAUUGACGCGCUUUUAGCAGUCGAUUCCCCCAAAGUGCAGACCUCUCCGCUGGCUCUGGUGACUUCCCUGUCCUCCUCCAUCCAGUCUUCUGGAAGUGUGUCGGCCCAGGAGCUGACCAGCGCCGAGUCUUUACGCAACGAGACGCCAUCUCCGCCGAGGAUUUCCAGCUGUGGGCUGAUUCCAAAACCGGGUUUCCUCAACAGUCCACACAGCAUGCUUGGAUUACAUCCCCAGAGUACCGCAGGGAUCCCCGCGCAGGCUCUCUACGGCCAUCCCAUGUACACCUACUCCGCAGCGGCGCUGGCAGGCCAACACCCUGCCCUGUCCUACUCCUACCCACACGGCUCCCAUCAUCACCACAGUGAUCCCAUCAAACUGACAGCCAGCACCUUCCAGCUGGACCACUGGCUCCGGGUCUCCACCGCCGGGAUGAUGCUGCCCAAAAUGUCUGACUUUAAUUCUCAGGCUCAGUCUAACUUGCUUGGCAAGUGCAGAAGACCAAGAACUGCAUUCACAAGUCAGCAGCUGCUGGAGCUGGAACAUCAAUUCAAACUGAAUAAGUACCUGUCACGACCAAAGCGCUUUGAAGUGGCCACGUCCCUCAUGCUGACAGAAACUCAGGUUAAAAUCUGGUUCCAGAACAGACGCAUGAAGUGGAAGAGGAGUAAGAAGGCCAAAGAGCAGGCCGCCCAGGAGGCCGAGAAGCAGAAAGGCAACAAGGGCGGCCAGGACAAAUCUGACGGACUCGAACAGUCGGACUAUAAGAGCAAGACAGACUCAAAAAACGGCAGAAUAAGAGACUUUAGAGACAGUGACGACGACGAGGGCGACAAUUUCCUUUACAACUCGUCAGACUGCUCUUCAGACGACGAGAGGAAUCACACCAGCGACACCAGUCCGCAGCCCUGA